AUGAACCAGUACGUGUGUCUCCUCCCCGCGACUACAAGCUCUAAUCAAGCCGCCAACAGCGAGUACAACGAGUUCUAUACACCCGAAGUCGCUCAAUGGCUCGCCGACAAUGCAGCUAUGAACAGCCUCCAUCCGACUGUCGUUCCUCUUCCUCAUCAGGCGAGUCGGGAGAUUAACCUCGUCUCACGACAACACGGGACGACCUCCCGUAGCUACCAUUUCAAUCCAUACUCUAUGGCCAGUCGCACCGGACGUCUUCUUCGCCGAAGCCCAACGGCCUUGUGGGUAGGCGGUCAGCGAGGGUUCGAGUGCUCGGCGUCACGAGCCUUCCACCCGCAAGGACUCCAAUCCAUCGGACCGACUAUAGGCGCACACACAGGGCCAUCGACAGUUUACGCAGGCAGCUCCUCCCUUCCCCUCUUAGGUGGUUAUCCCAACUAUGCAACUUCAAACGGCGACAGCUCGACAGCUCGGCUCUGUGCAACGCCUUGCCUGGACAUCCAACAGGACCCCCACCCAUCAUGGAUUCCUUUCAUUCAACCGGCACCCCAGCACAGUCUUCAGAACCCUUCAGCUACAUCUGGGACGGCUCACUCGGUCGUCCACUCCCCUGGAUGUGGACAGUUGUCGGCUUCGUCUUCUCGGGUCGCAUCUUGGCCCGAAAUUGAGCCUUCUCCAAGCCCAGUACUCGAUGACGGGCAUCAUGCGUCCCAUUUGCCGAUCUUUACGCCUCGUCCUACCCCGGCGCCUACACCCAACAUCUCCGCUGAUCCCUCCGAGGGUGAUUUCAGCGAGGCUGGUCCUUCAUCUCGGCCUCUGGAAAGCCUCCGCCGGCCUGUCUCUAUCACCACUGAUGGUCGCUCAUCUUCAUCGAGCUCGUCUCCAGACGUCCAAAGAACCUCUACCAUGGAGGUUGCUGAGCCCUCCGGCGUAGAGGAGGAUACGGGAGUAUCCACAGAACGGGCCUGGUUUUCGCCAGAGGAAUUCGCGGAGAACCACACUUGGAACAUCCUUUGCCGCCUGGCAAGGGACUCGAAGACGAGAGGGCUCUUCGACGCGACUGGUACGGCGCUGGACCCUACUAUCAACCAGAGCGUCGAGUGCGGAGAAGUCUUUGAGGACCCCGCUGCCUUCGUGCAGCACCUUGAACGCCAUCAUCGCGUAACGAACGCGAAGCAUGGCCAGAACGGGAACUCCAAGUGUGCUUGGGGGAGGUGCACCAGCGAAAUGACGGUGGGGAGUUACCACCGCCAUGUCACAGAGAAGCACGCGAUGCACUGGCGCUGUCCGUACAAGGAGUGCACGGAGCGCCAGAUUCGUAAGGGCGUCAACAGGACAAUUGGGGGGACUGUACAGUCGUACGCGAGAAUAAACCUUCUGGAGAACCACAUCCGGAGUCACCACUCAAGCGACGACUUGGUGACGAUGAAGGCGGCGUACGGAGAUGGGUGGAAACUUGCGUACGCGGUGCUGACUCCGCAGAUUGGAGGUGUCCCUGAGAGCGGAUAG